CUGCUAGCCGUUGUUAUCUCCGCUCUUGGUUUGCUAGUGAAUAGAUUUCGAUACAUGCUAGCGACAAACUAGACUAUUUUAAAGCCUCAAAAAGAUGCUUCUCCGGUGGACCAAAACUGUCCAACACACGGCAACAAGUCCGAGGAAACUUUGUCCGACUGUGUUCCAACUUGACUAAAGAGGCAGCCCCCCGAACGGUUUUCAACGCGACACUUUCGAGGGGGAUGUUAGCAUCGUUUAAUCGCUUUGUAGUAUUCCCAUAGAGGACGACUCGUUUCUUCUUAUUAUUUUUUUUCCUGUUAAAAAUUGUUCUAUUCCAUUCCCUGGAGCAAGUUCUCGCUGAUGAAUUCGCCGAAAAAGGACGGAGACGACGAUGUGCCCGUUAAAGACUCGAUUAAAUACGGCGAACUGGUCAUUUUGGGGUACAAUGGCUCUCUUCCGAGCGGGGACCGUGGGCGCCGAAAGAGCCGCUUUGCGUUGUAUCGACGCGCCAAGGCCAACGGCGUCAAGCCCAGCGCCGUACACAUCCUCAACAACCCGCAGGACAGCAAGGCUGUGCACAGCAGGGGGCAGCACAGCAUCUCCUUCACGCUGUCCCGCAACCAGACAGUGGUAGUGGAGUAUUGCCAUGACAACAACACUGAUAUGUUCCAGAUUGGGCGAUCCACAGAGAGUCCCAUUGACUUUGUGGUGACGGACACCUCCGGGGGGGCAAAGGAGGGCGAGGACCCCUCCAUUGCCCCCAGCACUAUCUCACGUUUUGCCUGCCGCGUGGUGUGCGAUCGCCACCCGCCCUACACGGCGCGCAUCUACGCCGCUGGCUUUGACUCCUCCAAAAACAUCUUCUUAGGGGAGAAGGCGACUAAGUGGAAGAACCCGGACGGCCAUAUGGACGGACUGACCACCAACGGCGUGCUGGUCAUGCACCCCGAGGGAUUUCCUGAGAUGCCCAAGCAGGGUUUGUGGCGGGAGAUCUCUGUGUGCGGCGACGUCUACGCCUUGCGGGAGACUCGUUCCGGGCCGAGCCGAGGCAAACUGGCAGAAGGUGAGAGUAGCGCACUGCGCGACGGCUCAUUGGUGGAUCUGUGCGGCGCUACCUUGCUGUGGCGCACGGGCGAGGGUCUCAUGCGUGCUCCCACCCUGCGCCACCUGGAAGCGCUUCGCCAGGAGCUGAAUGCAUCGCGGCCGCAGUGUCCCGUGGGCCUCAGCACACUUGCCUUCCCCAGCCUCCCGCGCAGUCACAGCCUUGAAGAACGUCAGCCCUGGGUCUACCUCACGUGCGGCCAUGUCCACGGACGCCACGACUGGGGCCAAAGGUCCGAGGUGGGCGAGGAGGAGCCCUUAGAGGGCGAAGGCUCUACCACGCGGCGGGAAUGCCCGCUGUGUCGCAGCGUAGGCCCCUACGUGCCACUGUGGCUGGGCUGCGAGCCGGCCGUGUACGUGGAUGCCGGCGCCCCCACGUACGCCUUUGUGCCCUGCGGCCACGUGUGCUCAGAGAGGACAACCAGGUAUUGGGCGGACACCCCGUUGCCGCAUGGGACGCACGCCUUCAGACCCGUGUGCCCCUUCUGUUCCGCCGCCCUUAGCACCCCCGGAUGGACGCGGCUCAUCUUCCAGGGUCCCAUCGACUAGCCGCCACACAAAAGCUCCACCCCCAUACCUUUUUUUCCCCCUAACUGUAUGAUGGUGUCUUCCCCUUAUUUCUCCUUUAGGGCUUGGUGAUGGAUUGAGGAUCUGGACUUUAGGCAACUCAAUGAAAUGUGACAGAAUGAUCAAUACACUCAUUGAUUACUUCGAAUGUCUGCGCACUUAGGCUCUGCUGGUUUUCUUCCCGCGCAAGCCUAAGCUUCUCGCAAAGAAAAAGAAAAGCGAUUAACACGUCAGAUUUGAUGUUUUAUGUCGGACUGUAGCUCACAUGGUGCUUCUUAGUGCGUCACCUUUUGUGGAAUGAAACCUACGUAGCAGUUCACGAUCAUACUUACAAUCAAAUUGAUCCUACAUUUAAGCCGCCCUGCAAAUUAAUUACAUCUCAAAACUUCUUAUGUCAGGAUCAUCGUAAAACAAUGAUCCUGGACUAGAUCUCAAUCCCAUCAUCAAGCAGAAUGAGUAUAAACAAGGGCAUGGACUCCUAACAAAUUAGGUAAGAUCCACCUUACACACACACACACACACACACACACACACACACACACACACACUCACACACACGCGCACGCACACACACGCACACACACACACACACCAAACCCCGUGAAGCAAUAACACCACUCACUCUUGUAUAAGCUAAGAUCUCACGCUAGGUUUUAGCCAAGUGCUUAGACUAGUGGUGGUCGCCUCAAACAUGGUUGUAGCGUUUUUUUGCUUUUCCUCCCUGCCCUCUGUGUCAUACCAUAGUGAAAACAAUUACAAUACAAUAUAUAAUUACAUCCCCGAUGAUCUGGUUUCACUGCUAAUGCUAACACGAUUUCCUUUUAAAAUAAGUGGGUGUGUCAGUGCAGCCAAAGUUUUGUCCUCGCUUAACCUAAAAAAAAAAAAACCUAAACCGGAAUUGUGUGCUUGUGUAUGUGUCAAAGAAAAGUUAUUUUGUUAGGAAAUGUGGUUCAGUGUUUGGGGUGGGAGCGAAGAUAUAUCUAUAUGCAUAAAUAUAUACAUAGGCUAUUUUUGUAUCUGAUAUAGUUGUUAACCUUGGUGAAAGUUCAGCGUAUGGUCUGGGAUGUGUUAGACGUAUAACAACCCAUGAGUGUGAAAAUGUUACCAACACUAUCUCAUGCACACACGCGUGCACACAGACAAACGAUAAACACGAUGACGCAGUGCUACCGUUUCCCGGACACUGAAUGUUGCCGACCAUACAGGCUAUGUGUUUAUUAGCCUCUCUGGUGCUCUUAUUAAAUGGUCUAUAUUGUGAUACUAUUUUUGUAAGUGAAUAUGACAGUGAAGCCCGAGCUUGAAUAUAAUAACCUCAUGCCUGGAAGAUGAGAUAAAAGUGUUCAAGUGCGUGUGCGUGUGUGUGCGUGUGUGUGUGUGUCACUCAAUUGCAUGUACACACACACACGCACAGUAUGUACACUGCACUCCAAAUCCCCCCUCCCAUUUUGUAUUCAGUUUGACGACUAACAUGUCUUCCGAGUCUUUGGCUGUUAAAUGUGUAAAAAUACAAGAAGAAAGAAAUCCUCAUACUUGACCAAUGUUUGGAAGUGAAAGUCACACUUUGUACUGUAAUGCCACUAACUCUCCUGCAGCAUUAAGAGAAACUCCGUCCACGUUCUUUUAUUUUGAUUGUGUCAUUCUUCCGUUUCCAGCUCGUUGCUCCCUCACAAAGUUGACACAGCAUUGUCGCCGACAUAUUAACCACGAAACAAAAUCUUUAGUUACGAUUCAUUCCAUUCAACAUUUUUUAAAUGUUUUGUGACCAACACAGUGGUACCUUGAUUUGGUUGACAAAAAUUGAAAUCGAUUAUAUAUUUUCCAGAAAUUAGGAUCGAGCAGUGUUUCGAUCGUCGAGGUACCAUUGCCACAUUUCAGAAUUUUAGCAUGGUUGAUAAUGUAUGUGUUUUUUUAACGGUUAUUGUCGCUCAGGAUUUAGUGUGGCACGCAGUGAUUUUACUCCACAACACUUAAAACAUGAGAGCAUUUAUUCAUCUGCUACUAAUGACAGUAUACAAGGUCACACGUGAUCAGUUAUUUACGGGUUUAAAAAACAAAAAAAACAAGAGAAUGGAUUUUUGCGCAAACCUGCCAAAAGAAAAAAAAACAUCGUACACACUGUUGGCAUGUGAAUGGAAGAACUGUUGCAGCACCUGUUUUAUUUUUAAUUAUUGGUUUUACAUUACUUAUCUAGUUAUUCUUAGGUAUUCAUUAACAAUUUCAGUCAUUUAGUUUUAACACGUAGCCUCUACUAGAUGCAAAAACAGUACCGUUUUUUUUUCAUGUAUAAUGCGCCCCCAUGUAUAAUACGCACCCUAAAAAUGGCAUGUCGAUGCUGGAAAAAAGCCUGUACCCAUGUAUAAUACGCACCCAAAUUUUGACUCCUACUUAAGUCCGUAAACGUAAAAUUAUUUCAGAAAGAAGAUCGUCUUUGGGAACAACCGGAUGUUAUUCUGCCGGUCAGUAUCACUGCACAUGCGCUAGCAAACUCAAUAGCAAAGAAAUGUUUCGGAUUUCUGUAGGGUACAUUGUGUCAGCAAACGAGCAGGUGAUCGAGCAAGCGUUUGAUACGAGAGCAUUGUGUUCGUAUGGAGCGUGUUUGAAGUGAAUAGCAGAGAAGAAAGGAACAAGGCAAAGUGUGAAAUAAAAUAUUACCUGUUAUACGCAUUUAGGUAGAGAACUGAACUCUCGCUCUUUAUAUAGCUGACGUGUAGGGGUGUAACAAUCGAUAUAAUGCUCUACGAUUUAUUGGCAUCGAUGCUAAACGUAAACAUCGAUUUAUAUCUCCGUGUUUGACCUCGGACAUUAGACGCGACUUUAUUUUGAAAUCCAGUUCAUUGUUGCUUGCUUCCUCUUUCCGGGAGCAGGGAGCAGUGCGCGGCGUUGUGUUGUGAGCAGAGCAGGCACGUGAAAGGGGAGUUGACAACUAGUAUGCGGCUCCUGGGCUGGUGCUAUGGCUAGUGUCCAAAAAGACGAGGACAUUUGCUCCCCUUUAGGCUUCAAGUCAUUCGUUUGGAAGCACUUUGGAUUCCAAAGAAAAGAUGGCUCAACGGACAAGACACGUGCAGUUUGUAAAUCCUGCCAUGCGGUGAUCAAAUAUUCAGGGAGCACAAAUCUCGCCGCACAUUUAAAGAAAAAACACGACAUCAAAGUUCAGUGUUAGAAUACGCACUUUGUAUACUACAAUACUCUUGUAAUUUCCUAAAUAAAGAGUUUGCAGUACCUUGUUGAUUUUGCGUAUGAAUUGUUAUAAAUCAGGAUAUUGUUCUAUAUUUUUUAUUAAAAAAAAAAAAUCAAUCGUAGAGCACUAUCGUGAUAUAUUGUGAAUGAAUCGCAGCAGGCUUUAAGAUAUCGGCAAAUAUCGUAUCGUAGUUCUUUGUAUCGAUAUGAUAUCGUAUUGUGACAAAACCCGCGAUUUACACCCCUACUGACGUGUCUUGCGCAUCCGUUCUGCGCAUCUGUAAUGGCGGCCUCCGUAUGAUAUCCGGUUUGCGAUGGAGAUUAGAAAACAAACAAUAUUUGACAAUAAUACACCAUCAAGGAUUGCACCAUCGCAUCAAACGAUGUGUCGUCAAUUAUGAAUUUUACUGACUAAGUGUGUUGGGCAGGAUGGCUGAGUGCGAUGCGCGAUUGACAACAAACAAGAAGAAAGGUGAUUUCAAGUUUUAUUUCGAGGGAGAUUUUCUUAAAAAAAAAAAAAAAGAAUUGUACCCAUGUACGUAUAAUGCGCACCCCAGAUUUUAGGACAAUAAAUUAGUUACAUUUUGCGCAUUAUACAUGAAAAAAAAACGGUAUUUACUUUUAAUAUUCCAAUUGUUUAGCACUUUUCUAACAACUUAAUGUAUCAUUUGACCUUCAUUGCAAUCCUCUCAAUAUGUAUUAUUAUUAAACCAUGAAACCACCUGACCUUCAUAUAAUUAUGUAUUUUUAAAGAAAUACAAACCAUGUACAGCUCUUAUUGUUUUGUUUUAAUUUUACAAUUGUAUUCUUCUGUAACCGAAUGGUGCACCGACAAUCACUAUACACAUGUCAAUAAACAAACCAGUUGAAAAGUG